GGGGCGGAGAGCCGGGGAGGGGGAGGGGCCGCGGCCCGGAUGGCGGCCCGGGACGCGUAGCAGUGGCGGCUCUGCGGCCCGGGGCCCCGGGCGGGCGGAGGUGGCGGCUCCCGGGACCGGCCGCGCGCAAUGAUGGUGUCCACUGGACAUGUACUGACCAAGGAGACAGAUCUGAGAACAUAGCUGAAGCUGAAAAUAGGAAAGCUGGGGGCAAGGAAGAGCCUUGAAUCUUGAGGUGGGACGUUGACUCUAAGAUGUCCUUGAGCAGUGGAGCCUCCGGAGGGAAAGGAGUGGAUGCAAACCCGGUUGAGACAUACGACAGUGGGGAUGAAUGGGACAUUGGAGUAGGGAAUCUCAUCAUUGACCUGGACGCCGAUCUGGAAAAGGACCAGCAGAAACUGGAAAUGUCAGGCUCGAAGGAGGUGGGGAUACCAGCUCCCAAUGCUGUGGCCACACUACCAGACAACAUCAAGUUUGUGACCCCAGUGCCAGGUCCUCAAGGAAAGGAAGGCAAAUCAAAAUCCAAAAGGAAUAAGAGUGGCAAAGACUCUAGCAAGCCCACUCCAGGGACUUCCUUGUUCUCUCCAAGUGAGGGAGCAGGAAACAAGAAAGAAGCGCAGGGUCGCUCUGGAGAGGGUACCAACGCAGGAGGCCUGGUUGCUGCUCUUGGCCCCAAGGCCUCGGAGAAGGCUGCUAAGGCAUCUCGCAGUGUGGCUGGCUCCAAAAAGGAGAAGGAGAACAGCUCAUCUAAGAGCAAGAAGGAGAGGAGUGAAGGGGUGGGGACUUGUUCGGAAAAGGAUCCUGGGGUCCUCCAGCCAGUGCCCUUGGGAGGACGGGGUGGUCAGUAUGAUGGAAGUGCAGGGAUGGAUACAGGAGCCGUGGAGCCACUUGGGAGUAUAGCUAUUGAACCUGGGGCAGCGCUCAAUCCUUUGGGAACUAAGCCGGAGCCAGAGGAAGGGGAGAAUGAGUGUCGGCCACUAAAGAAAGUCAAGUCUGAAAAGAUGGAGUCCCCCGUUUCCACCCCAGCGGUGCUGCCACUGCACCUUUUAGUGCCAGUGGUCAAUAAUGACAUCUCAUCUCCCUGUGAGCAGAUCAUGGUCCGUACCCGAUCAGUUGGAGUCAACACUUGUGACGUGGCUCUAGCUACAGAGCCUGAGUGCUUAGGCCCCUGUGAACCUGGAACCAGUGUCAACCUUGAAGGCAUCGUGUGGCAGGAGACGGAAGACGGGAUGUUGGUGGUAAAUGUGACAUGGAGGAACAAGACAUACGUAGGUACACUUCUUGACUGCACAAGGCAUGAUUGGGCACCCCCAAGGUUCUGUGACUCCCCCACCAGUGACUUGGAAAUGCGUAACGGUCGAGGACGAGGCAAGCGCAUGCGUCCCAACAGUAACACGCCUGUCAAUGAGACAGCCGCAGCCUCUGACAGCAAAGGGACCAGCAACAACAGCAAAACCCGAGCAGGAGCCAACAGCAAAGGCCGCCGGGGCAGCCAGAACUCCUCAGAGCAUCGCCCCCCAGCAAGCAGCACCUCGGAGGAUGUCAAGGCCAGCCCUUCCUCAGCUAAUAAGCGGAAAAACAAACCUCUUUCAGAUAUGGAACUGAAUUCUAGCUCAGAGGACUCCAAAGGAAGCAAACGUGUCCGCACAAAUUCCAUGGGCUCAGCCACCGGGCCACUCCCUGGGACCAAGGUGGAAGCCAGUGUUGUGGACAGAAAUUGUCCCUCCCCAGUCCUGAUUGACUGUCCCCACCCAAACUGCAACAAAAAGUACAAGCACAUUAAUGGGCUUAAGUACCACCAAGCUCAUGCCCACACGGACGAUGACAGCAAACCGGAAGCCGACGGAGACAGUGAGUAUGGAGAAGAGCCCACCCUCCAUGCAGACCUGAGCAGCUGCAACGGUGCAUCUGUCUCACAGAAAGGAUCCUUGUCCCCUGCCCGCUCAGCUACCCCCAAAGUUCGGCUUGUUGAGCCUCAUAGCCCUUCCCCUUCAAGCAAAUUCAGCACAAAAGGCCUCUGUAAGAAAAAACUGAGUGGGGAGGGAGACACAGACCUUGGGGCCUUAUCCAAUGAUGGUUCUGAUGAUGGACCCUCAGUAAUGGAUGAAACAAGCAACGAUGCCUUUGACUCUUUGGACAGGAAGUGUGUGGAAAAAGAAAAAUGUAAAAAGCCCUCCAGUUUGAAACCUGACAAGAUUCCAUCCAAGAGCUUAAAGUCAGCCCGGCCCAUUGCCCCUGCCAUACCCCCACAACAGAUCUACACUUUCCAGACGGCCACCUUCACAGCAGCAAGCCCUGGCUCCUCCUCAGGCUUGACCACCACAGUGGUCCAAGCAAUGCCCAACAGCCCCCAACUCAAGCCUAUUCAGCCCAAGCCCACUGUUAUGGGAGAGCCUUUCACAGUCAACCCUGCCUUGACCCCUGCCAAGGACAAGAAAAAGAAAGACAAAAAAAAGAAGGAAUCAUCAAAGGAACUUGAAAGUCCUCUGACCCCUGGGAAGGUGUGCCGAGCAGAAGAAGGUAAAAGCCCGUUCAGAGACUCAUCAGGGGAUGGAAUAAAAAUGGAGGGGCUUCUGAAUGGCUCCUCGGACUCCCACCAAAGCCGGUUAGCGAGCAUAAAGGCGGAAGCUGAUAAGAUUUACAGUUUUACAGACAACGCCCCCAGCCCUUUGAUUGGAGGCAGCAGCCGCCUCGAGAGUGCUACCCCAACCCAGCCCCUAACUCCCCUACAUGUAGUGACCCAGAACGGUGCUGAAGCCAGUUCAGUCAAAACCAACAGUCCUGCCUACUCUGACAUCUCGGAUGCUGGGGAGGAUGGGGAGGGCAAGGUGGACACUGUCAAGUCCAAGGACCCUGACCAGCUGGUUAAAGAAGGGGCUAAGAAAACACUUUUCCCCCCUCAGCCGCAGAGCAAAGACUCACCAUAUUAUCAAGGCUUUGAAAGUUACUACUCUCCAGGUUAUGCGCAGUCCAGCCCAGGGGCUCUCAACUCCAGCAGCCAGUCAGGGAUGGAGGGCCAGGCCCUCAAGACAAAAAAGGAGGAGGAGCCCGAGAGCAUAGAAGGGAAAGUGAAGAAUGAUGUCUGUGAGGAAAAGAAACCUGAACUGAGCAGUUCCAGUCAGCAGCCCUCUGUCAUCCAGCAACGGCCCAACAUGUACAUGCAGUCCCUGUACUACAACCAGUAUGCCUACGUGCCUCCAUACGGCUACAGCGACCAGAGUUACCACACCCACCUCCUGAGCACCAACACAGCUUACCGACAGCAGUACGAAGAACAGCAGAAACGGCAGAGCUUGGAGCAGCAGCCGCGGGGACUGGACAAGAAGGCAGAGAUGGGCCUGAAAGAGCGGGAGGCAUCACUCAAGGAAGAGUGGAAGCAGAAGCCGUCAAUUCCACCAACUCUCACCAAGGCUCCCAGCUUGACAGACUUGGUGAAGUCAGGGCCAGGCAAAGCCAAGGAGCCAGGAGCUGAUCCUGCCAAGUCCGUCAUCAUUCCCAAAUUAGACGACUCAUCAAAACUCCCCGGCCAGGCCCCUGAAGGCCUAAAAGGGAAGCUGGGUGAGGCCAGCCACCUAGGCAAGGAGGCCUCUGAGGCUAAGACAGGCACUGAGUGUGGCCGACAGGCAGAGGUGGAUCCAAUACUCUGGUACCGACAGGAGACAGAGCCCCGGAUGUGGACAUAUGUUUAUCCUGCCAAGUACUCAGACAUCAAAUCAGAGGAUGAUCGGUGGAAAGAGGAGCGGGACCGGAAAUUAAAGGAGGAAAGGAGUCGGAGUAAGGACUCGGUUCCCAAGGAAGAUGGGAAAGAGAGCACAAGUACUGAGUGCAAGCUACCCGCCUCCGAGGAGUCCCGCCUUGGAAGCAAGGAGCCCCGGCCAAGUGUCCAUGUGCCUGUGUCCUCCCCCCUGCCCCAGCACCAGUCCUACAUCCCCUACAUGCACGGCUACUCUUACAGCCAGUCCUAUGACCCCAACCACCCCAGCUACCGGGGCAUGCCUGCUGUGAUGAUGCAGAACUACCCAGGUUCCUAUUUGCCUUCCAGCUACUCUUUCUCCCCCUAUGGCAGCAAGGUCUCAGGUGGCGAGGAUGCUGACAAGGCACGUGCCAGCCCCAGCGUGAGCUGUAAAGCCAGCUCAGAGUCCAAAGCCCUGGACAUCUUGCAGCAACAUGCCAGUCACUACAAAAGCAAGUCUCCCACGAUAAGUGAUAAAAGUUCUCAGGAGAGAGAUCGGGGAGGCUGUGGGGUAGUUGGGGGUGGUGGCAGCUGUAGCAGUGUUGGGGGAACAGGAGGUGGUGACAGGAGUGUCGACCGGCCCCGCACUUCCCCUUCCCAGCGCCUGAUGUCCACACACCACCACCACCAUCACUUGGGCUACUCCUUGCUCCCAGCACAGUACAACCUACCCUAUGCCGCAGGGCUUUCUUCUACAGCCAUUGUUGCCAGCCAGCAAGGCUCAACUCCCUCACUCUACCCACCCCCCAGGAGGUGAGAAUGAACACCAAGUGCCCAGAUGAAGUCAGCUUCGUGGGCCAGCCUGGCUCAUUUGAGGUGGUGCUGGAGGUGCCAUUUUACCAUCCGUUACACGGUGCUGAUGAUCCUGUUUGCCAUUCCUACCGUGACUGAAGGCAGGCCCUUGGCUAUUUCACCUCCACCUGACCCUUCCUCUUCCUCAGGAGCUGAAGAACUGGUACUCAAAAAUAUUUAUUCUCUCAGCCACAGUUAAGACUGUUGUGGCAUCUGUGGAGAUGAAGGCAUAGGAGCAACGGAGGGAACAGAGCCUCAUCCCAGAGAAGUUCCUGCUCUGUUAACCCAGCCCCUAGUCUACCGCCAGAGCAGUACCCUACACGUAACACCUGGGAGGGACCCCAAGCGUGGGGUGAGGUCUGAAGACAGCACAGCAGCCAUGCCCCUUUCAUUGUCAUUACCACCAUCACCAAGAUUCCCUGUCUCCUCGAUGGUUUGGGCCCUGGGAACUGGCAGCACGUGGAGAAAUUAGAAUCUCAGGAAAGAAGUUGGGGGCUGUUUUCCCUGUGAUUGUGAAGACAAGGUCUUCAAGCAUGGAGACAUCCUCCUCUAAUAUGAGCACAGAUGAACGCUCAGAGCCUAACCUGUAAAGGGAGAGUAAGGCAUUUGCCCCACCCCUCCCCCAUAGCCUUGUGCUCCUGUUAGGCAGAAAGUAGGGUUCUAGCACCAGCACAGGGUUCCCUGGGGAUGCUGGGAGGAGCUGGAGCAUAAAUGGAGUCUGUGAAAUUGAACCUGCUUCCUCACCAAAAUUCCUGCCGCUUUUCAUCUCCCAACUCCUUGCCCUUUCUCUUUCUUUUUAACCCCUUGGUGCCUUUUCCAGGGGCAGGGGGAGUCCCCAUACUGACCUCUUCUACUGCUUGGCUCUUACAACUCAGGCAGAGUAGACCUCUCCCAGCACGGGUAACCUUGGAGUCUGCCACAUCACUUUAGGGCACGAACCAGAAGGCAGGCUGUAGGAACACCCAGCAGUUCUUGGAGACAUUCAGUCUUCUGAGUAUCUUUCUCAUUUAGGGUCACAAAUGUGUACAGCCCAGUUCCUCUGUCUAAAGGUACAUGAUUUUAUGCAGUUCACUCUCUAACUCCUUGUGUGCCAAUAUGAGGCGUGUCUUUGUAAUACACAUUUUUGUUUUUGGGGCCACUGGCCAAGGGGGGUGAUUUGCUCCUUAGACCCUGAAAUAGCAUAUUCACGCAUUAUAUACCCAAGCCACAGAGUGGACACAGUGGGAUGAGGCUUUGGGGUGCAGACAUGUCUGUUCCCCUGAGCUGCAAAGUUGUGUGCUGGGAAAGUGAUGAUCUAGCUUUAUUGGAGUCACUUCUUCCCAGAAUGUGGGAUGCUUUUUAGCUCUCUGCUAUUGCAGGGUGUCAUCCCUUUGUUCCCCUCCCCUCUUGUCUUUACCCUCUGGGCUGCAAGAGAGAGAAAGUCUACAGAUAGCAGUCUGGGCUCACAGGGAGCUUGUCACAAGAAUGUCAGAAAUGACACUUUGAGGAUGGCUGACUUCUUUGGGAGAGUGAGGUGGUGGGAGCUGGUAAGCACAAAGCCCAAGGAAAGGUGGUUCCCAAGGACCUGUGAGCCCUCCCUGUGUACAGACAGGCUUGGGGUAGGGUAUUGGCACCUCCUACCUACGCACCUUUCCCGUUUCCAAGUCCUUAUUUUUGUUCAAGCUGGGUUCUGGGCACUUGAAAAACUCGACCUGUUUCCGACCUGUCGGCUGGACCCCAAGUAGCCCUUCUUCCCUCACCACCAUUGUCCCCUGUGCCCAUGUUGUCCCAGGAAGCAGUACUUUGGGCAGUGACCCCCUUUCAUUCAUGGAAGUAGAUAUUGGAGACACCAUCCUACCUAACCCAUUCCCCAUUCUAAGAGGGUGACUGGCUUUCAGCCUGAUUAUGCCUCCCCAAAAACUCCAGUGAAUAGAGCCAGGUGCCCAUCUGUUCCUGUUUGUUUCUUAAAUACUGUUGGUGUUUUGUAUGUAUCUGUGGCACUGGCUUGCAAUGUGCUUUGUACAUAUUGUAAAGGAACCAUUGGAGCAAUUUUCUUUUUCAUUGGGAAGGCACGACCCACAUUCCUGCCUUUUCUACUUCAUUUUAUAACAGAGGCUGUAUUUGCAAGACAGCCUUAGGUUCUGCAGAAGGGAACAGGUUUCUCUCUCUCUCUCUCUCUCUCUCUCUCUCUCUCUCUCUCUCUCAAAAAGUCAGCUCUUUGAUCCCUCUAUCCCAGUGCCCCUUGAAGAACAGGCCCUGCCCUGGAGUGAGAUUAGCAGUAGAAAACUGACACCGUGUUCUCAGUCUGCUCCUCCUGGUCCCUAUCUGAGUCCAGUCUUCUCUCCCUGAAAUAGUGUCACACAGCUGCAGCUGUGCAGAUCCUGGCUAGUGCUGAGAGAUUGGCUGUCCACCUCCACACUCCACAGGGGGAACUGUGACACCUAGUCAGAGACAAGACCUGGUCCAGUCUGCCAAGCCUCUCACUGAGCCACCCCUGCCCAUGCCCUUGGUGUUCAGUAAUCUCUGAGACCCAUGUGGAGAAGCUACAAGUAGGGGCCUCACCCCAAGGAGGGCAGCCACAGCUUGACAGCUGCCGCCUAGGAUUCCUGUCUGCUUCCUUCCUCAAUGGUGUGCCAGUUCCCUUCAGCUCUUCCCUGUGUUACACAUGUACAUGUGCUCUCCGCUUAGCCUACACUGGCCACACGUCUCAAGGUCAAAGAAACACACAGAAAAGGGUAAGAGAAGAGGGUGCCCUCUAAAAUAACCAUUUCAUGCAUCUCCUCUCCAGGCUCCAGGGUGGGGUGGGGGGCUUAGCUUAAGGGAGUUGGGAGUUAAGACUGCAGAAGGGCUAGAGAACUGGAUAUAGGUUUGAGGCCUCCUCGUCACUUACUACCCCAUAUACCCUAUCAUUGUGUACUCUGAUGCCCCUCAAGAUUCAGCUGGGCAGCUAGCUGGCCCAUAAUUCUGGGCCUUUGUCAUUACUAGGGCAUCCUAGGAAACUUUCCAGUGAUUCCCUGCCAUGGCCCUCCCAGGCCUUGUCCCCAGCCCCUCCUGCCCCAGCCCACCCGCUUGCCUUGGUGCUCAGCCCUCCCAUUGGGAGCAGGUUGGGGCAAGCUGGAGGCCCGGGCUGGAGGGGCAGUGUUGCUGUUCAUAGCUUUUGUUCCAUUGGCGUUGCUCUGUUGGAUUUAAUUUCAGUCUUCCUGAUUCUUCCCUUCUGUAAAGUGUACAUUAUUACCAAGUUCCUUGUUUUUUUAUAUAUAUAUAUAAAUAUAUAUAUAUAUACAAACUGUACUCUUUUUGCCUUUGUACAUUCAGGCAAGAAGAGAAAAUAAAUCUUUUUAAGAGACAAUCACAAAUCUGUGAGGGCUGCUGGUUAUUUCUCCUGGAUUUGCUGCUGAGCUGCCGCUGCCUCCUCCCCUAGCUGUCCUGUCCCCUCGGCUUCCCUGUCUCUCUCGUCCUGCUCCAUGUGCAUCCUCAGCGUCACCUCCACUGGCUGACAGCAAGCUGUUGAAUCCAGUGUGCAGACUACUUUCCCUUGGAGCCUUUUCCUGCCCAGCAUUGUUUUCUGGCUUGGCCACUGGCUGAUUCUUUAUCCUGGCCUCUUCUUUUUACCCUUGGAUCCCAUUCACCAAAGUGGCUUUGGACCCCUAGGUACUCUGAGACCUGCCUCUCAGAGGCCCUGACUUUGGACAUUCAUUCCUCUAUGAAACUAUGCAGCUGGGAGCUCUCUGCCUGAGAUUUUGCACUACUUAAACCUGCCUGGGAGUUAGAAUGGAAGGUUUUAGGAACAAGUGGGAAAAUGACCCCCCAGCAUUCCACCCCACACACACCCCACCCAUCCUAGCCUCCGAAGUCUGCUGGUCCAGGAACCACUCCUGGACUCCCGUUGUUACCCUAUAAGAUCAAGGGCUUUUGAUGAGACUCUCAAAGAGUGGUACCCUUCAGAAACACAGCCCAGCCAAACCAUGUUCAGGCUUUCCCUUUUCCUGACCUUCCUCCUCCCUCUUCUCCACUUUGUCUCUACUUCCUUUUCUUAAUUGGCUUUGGAAUUGAAGUCUAUUUUUAAAUUAUUUGUUGUAUUUAUUGAAUAAAGUUUUUAAUGUCCCUGUUCUUA